GUACAGAAUAGGAUCGUAGGCUUCUAUAUUUUGAUAAUGGGCGGUGGCAACUUCAUUAUCUAUAGGUACCUUAUUAUCAUCUACCUGAACAGCUGUGCAGCUGCCGUCAAACCCUCUCUUGGAGUUGCCAUUGUUUCAACCGUUCCUGUCCGAUAUCUUCGUCACCAGCAGCAGCAGGAUCAGGAUCACUAUCGGCAUCAUCGCCAGCAGCGGCAUCAUCGUUUCAUCAUCCAUGCCCAUUGUACCCGGAUUGAGCAUCCAAGACCAAAAAGAGACCUGAGCAGCGGAAGAAUUCAACCCAGCUCGGCGAGGGCGAGGGCGAAGGCGAAGGCGAAAAAGGGCGGAGCGAACAUUGCCUUGUCCCUUUCUCGACAUCUGCUCCGCCUCGUCCACCAUUCGCUCCAAACCCUCUCGCGUAGUGAAGGAGAACCUGCCCAGUCACCGUGGCCCAGUGCGAUUGUUGAUGUUGUUGUAUGAUUGUUGUAUUAUUCUCUAUCUCGACUAAGGCAUCUCAGAUUCAGAUCCUCAGAUCCCCCCCGCCAUCCGCCAUCCGCCAUCCGCCAUCCGUCAUCCCUAACCGUCAUCCUAUUGCCUCCGUCAUCCACUCCCAGCCGUGUCUCUGUCCAGCUGG